CUGUCGUCUGUCAUUGUCAGCGAGUUGUUGUUUACCCCCGUUGUAAGUCAGUUCGCUUGUGUUAAAUAAGGAGACGCCGGAAGCUUUUUAUUGUUGAAUUUGUACAUAUAUUUGAGGAGCUUGUGGAGGGAAGGUACAGCGACCCCAGGCACUGAAUUCCUACAGAUAGCAUGAAUCGUCCGACGAUUGCAGAGCAAGAAGAUCUUGUUAAAGAAUCCCUUUUUAAGUUCCUGAGGAAGCACAUACCAAGUGCUCAGUUAAGUUCUAUUGAUGAGAUUGUUUUGAGAUAUGUAGUAAGCAUACUUGAAGACCUCGGCACAGAAGCAAGUGUGGAAGAAGCUUUUGAUGUUGAAGGUUUUUGUGAGAUGAUGGCAGCGUAUUUCCCCGAAUUUUCCACAAUACAUCACACAGAUGUCUGUCAGUGGAUGUUCGAGUUGGAGGCAACAUUAAGCCAAAAGAAGAGAAAGGAUGAGUGCAACAGCGGCGAUUCCUUUGCAAAGGAUAUACCUGUGCUAACUCUGCAGACACUUGUACCUACUCGUAACCAUGGUGACAGUGAGAGUAGUGGUGGUGGCAGUGGUGACACCACAAAACGUGUACACCAGCUCUCUGAAAACAGCGAUGGAAGCUCAGACAGCAGUGGGGACUAUUAUUUGGGACAGGAGGAGCCACAGUACGACGCAGCUCAAGUGCAGCUCCUACAGGAGAUGUUCCCCAGCGCGUGCACUAUCGAGGUGCGUCACUGCUUGGCCAUUGCCGAGGGUGAUGUCGGCCGUGCUGCUCAGUUGGUACUGCACCGCCAGGAGGCGGGCCAGAGCCUCACCAGCCACUCUCCGGCUAUGACUGCAUUAGCUCAGCGCCAGAAAGCUGUUGUAGAUGAUCAAGAACUGAAAUCACGCAUAAUAGCGAGGUAUAGCUAUGUGGACAAGGAUGACGAUGUUCGUGAGCACAGGCCAGUGGGACCAAAAGCAGAGCCUAAGAAAUUGGUGAGGUAUCGUGACAACAAGAUUGUCAGUCUUAAAGGAGAACGUUUCACUGAAGUUAAAAAAGAUGAUGAAGAAGAUGUGAAAAAAACAUAUGUGAGCAUCAAGCCAGCAAGGCAGUAUCGUUUCCACUGAUAUUCCUCCUAGAGCUUAUUUGCUCCACAGAAAGGUAUUUUAGCAUCAUCUUUCUGGUUAGAGGAAUGGGAAAUAAGAGAGGCCGCACAAAGAGAUGUGAUUUUGAAAGAAAGGUAUUGUUUCAAAGAAGAGAAUUUAUCUUUGCAGCUAAUCUGAAGAAUGAAGUUUUACAGAUUGGACAUAGUGAAAAUAUUACAGAAAAUAUUUAUGCAUUCCUUUCUGUUUGAAGGCAGUUAUACUUUGCGCAUGGACUUCAUGUGCCAUUACUAUUCUUGAGCUUUAACUGUUUUCUCUUCUGAAAUUUUGUAAUAUUCUUUUUAAUAUACAGAUCUGAAAUGUGACAUUUUGGAAAGACUGGACAAUUUUCCCCACACUUUAUAACUUGUACAAGUUUUGACACAGCACUGUCUCUGCCAAGAAUGUAUUUAUAAUUAUUACUUCUUAGUGAGAAUGCAACUGAACAUUGCUUUUGUCGGAUGCCAUCACUGAAGUGUUCAUUAAUAUUUCUGAAUAGUAAUAGAGUCUAACAGUAUUCUUGCUGCAGUCUGUACCACUAAUGCCAAGCAUUAGAGACCUAUUUAAUGUUCCUUAGAAGAUAGUUUCCUCACUAUGCUUAUUUUAUUUGUAUAUACACUUAUUUAGACUACAUGCGCAUAGUUGGAGGAAUAAUAAUGGACACUGCAGGGUAUUCUGGCAUCAAGAAAUUUACCUUUUUUCAGCCAGUCAUCCAGUAUUGAAUUGCUCUGUUACAUGAACUUUCAUAUGGCACAGCAGUAAUUGCUGAUAUUGCAGUGCAGACAUUUUGUAUAAUUGUGUGCAUAAUUAUUUAUACGAAUUUUGUUACGUGUAAAAAGUGUUGUGUGUUUCUUAUACUUGUUUAAUUGUAUGUCACAAAAAAGACGUCAUAAAUUGUUUAGUACGAGACAGUUCCAUAUAAAAUGGAACAUGAUAUUAUCAGAGUAUUCUUUGUAUUUGUCAUGUGAAUUACUCAGAUAUUUUUCUCAUUUUUAAGGCACGUUAACCUAUGCUCUGGUAGACUGUAUUUUUUCAUUGAUGGGAGUACUCUUUGUACUGGAGCAUUUUUGUUACGUGUGUGUGUGUGUGUGUGUGUGUGUGUGUGUGAGAGAGAGAGAGAGAGAGAGAGAGAGAGACUGAGAGACUGAGUGCUAGUAUUGUUUAUUUGAAUGAGUGAAAGAAUCAUUUGUUUGAUAGUGUCACAGUUACAAGUUUCUUAUGUCAUAGCUUGCCAUUAUUGAUCAUAGAAGUACUUUAUUUAUCUAAUUAUUUUUUGUAUUUUUUUUUAUUUGAUGUUUUUUGUUACAGUUUAUACAUAUGUGAGUGUCAUAGAUAUUAUCCAAUUGUAAAACUCAGUAUUCACGACUGAGAAUAUAAAGCAGCUACUAAUUUAAAAAAGGAAAGCUACAGAAUUGUAGAAUAUAUGAAUAUGCUUAAAUGGUUUUGAUGUUUAAAAAUGUUUUAAGAAGUUGAAGUACUUUAUUCAGUGCAUUGUUCUGCUUCAUUGGUGUUAUCACAAAUCAAGAAUGAUAAAAUUUAUUUUAGUGUUACUCCGAAACACAAGAAGUCAACAGUAAAAACUCAUGUAAAGAACAAUGUUUUCAUUGUCUCAUUUGAUAACCACACUUCACUGUGUGUUUUUCAUAUUCUGUAAAGACGCUAUGAUACUUUCAGUUCUUGCACUAACUGGAUAAUCACUGGUGUUAAAAUAGUGCUGUGAAACUUUCUUAUUUCCUUAGUUGUGUUUAAAGAAUAACUGUGUCUUGAAAAUUAUCUUAGAAAAAAAUAUGCAGAAUAAUCUGAAUCUUUAUGAUGCCAGCUGUCUUUCACAUUUGGUAACUGUGCAAUAUUAAAUUUGACCAAACUUAUAAUCAAUGUGACAAGUUUAUUUGCUUGUGCAUGUAAGUGGUAAACACAAAGAAGUGUUUCUACAGGUCUCUCUUUCACAGCAUCGAGAUAACAUUUCCUUUCACAGUUCUACUGCUUAUGAUUUGUGACUUACAAAUCUGCCUUCAGGUAAACUCUUCUACAGAUGUUACUUCAAGUAGUGUUAGAAGGCCAGUAAAUCUGUGCUAUGUGUGCCAAGUGAUUUAAUUUUAGUGCUAGUUUUGUAUGUACUGCUGCAAGUGUGAUAUAUUUUCGCAGUGUCUGUCCUCAGUGGCCAGAGAUGCUUCAGUGUUUUUACAUGAAAAAAUAAGAACAGUGAAAAUGUCAUUUCAGAAGUUUUGUAAGGAUUAUGUUAUAUCUACAGAUGGGUGUAUGACUGAAGCCAUUCAAAUCAUUUAAUUAUCAACCUCAUUUCAUUUAUAGCUCUAUUUUGAGUGGAUCAGGUGGUUUCAGUGGUUUGUGUGUGUUGGAUGCCCAUAAAGCAAGGCAAUAUCUAUGAUCAGCAAUGUAGUAUUGUUUCCCUUUGUGAUCUUCAUCAUAAAUAAUCUGUUUGGCAUGUUAAUCUGAUAUUUUAAUUGUUUUGUAGUAUUUGCUUUUAAAUCACAAACAUAAGUAACUGCAGCUAUAAAUGUAUGGAUGGCUGUACCACUACACUCAAAAGUUCCAUCGAACUGCUAGUACUGUGCAAGAAUCUUAUAGCACCAGCAUUGCACAAAGCUUUUUAUAGUGGUUUAUUUCAAAUCAGCAUGGUUCAUUACUUCUUAAAGAUUCCUUGGUUUCAUUGCUGUAUCUGAUUUCUGUUGUACAAUCUUUCUUGAUGACAGUUAUUAAUUAAAGGUGGCGCCAAAGGAGGAAAUUACAGUCUCAUUGGUGAUCCCCAAUUUACUACCAUCUCAAGUUUAGUGCUGUAUCCUUUAUUUCACACCAGCAGUAAAAUGUUGGAGUAAUUUUGUGUUAUCAGUUUUGUUCUGUAUACGUGACAGCAGUACAAAGGCCAGAAAGUUUGUUUCCACACUAUUUGUCUUUUUCUCAACAGAACUCUUGGUAUAAUUGUGUUCAGUAUAAAAUGUAAAAUGACUUGGAGGAAAAAUUAUAAUGUUGACAUCACUCAUUCUACGGCUGUUGUGUCUUUUCUGGUGAAAUUCUGUAGCACUACCAUUGUACAGAGGGACACUCUUCAAUACAAAUACUAUUUUGAGGUCAUGUUUGGUCAGUAUACAUGUUCUUUCUUGUACCUGUGUGACAGAUUCUGUUUUUUGCUAAAAUUUAGUUGUAGAAUAGUCAUUAUUGAUUCCACAUAAUUCCAUUACAUUAAUUUUGUGCUCUUCUGUUUUAUUGCAUUCUGUUUGUCAUUUUCAUUUCAGUUCUAUUUUAUUAACACAUGCAAUACUGUAAUGUUUCUGCCUGUUUCUAAUGACCUCGUGGUUGGUGAGAAGUUACACCCUAAUUCUUCCUUCAUUUUGUAUGCUAGUAGUACAAUAAUUUGAAAACAAUGUGCAGAAAAACUUAGUUUUUCUUUGAAAAAAUCAGAACAGUCUUUUUGCACACUGCUUCAAUAUAAAAUGUCCUGUGACUUUUUGGCCUCAAGUAAAUUCACUGCGUUUUCCGUACUCUUUAAUUUAAAGUUGUACAUUGCCAUGUUUGUAUUGUGCCUAGUGUCUGGUUCAGUAGGAUCAAACAUGCUUUUCAAAAUAAUGAAACCGGUGUUGCUUGGAAUUUAAAAAACAGUUUAAUGCUAAUGGUUACUAAGAUAAACAGCCGGUAACCUAAUUGGCAAAGCAUAUACCAACUUACUGUUCACAAUGAUAGAUUAA